AUGACCAAAGAUUUUACCCUUUUCUCGCUUCUCCCAACUGAGAUACGUCUUCUGAUUUGGGAAUUCUGCAUUCCCCAUAGGCUCGUGGAGAUCAUGCUUGCUUCUACAGAUCUCGACAUCAACACUAAUUGUGAGCUUGACUGGAUAUCACGUCAAAUUGCCCUUCCUCCCGUCAUCACACGAGUCUGUCGAGAGUCUCACCAGGUAGCGUUAAAGACCGGUGCCGAGUUGACAGCUCCCUCCUCGUGGCGGGAAAAUGAUCGAGAGUAUCCCGAGUUUUCCGAUGCCCCUUGGCUCAAACGACUUUGGUUUGACUGGAAACAUGAUUCAGUAGCUCUCUAUUGGAAUUUGUCGCUAGAAGACAACGAUAAUGGAGACUACUCAUACGGGAUGGAAAACCUUGCGGUUGACUAUCUCACGUGGUUUAUUUCACGUAUGCGAACAGGUGACCAUGUGUUACUGGCAGAUUAG